GACUUUUGCAUGCUUCACAACAACUUGUGUACAAGCCUGGCACAUUUUAAGGACAUGGCUGCGUCAAAUUAUUCCCUGAAGGUCAACAGAGAGCUUCUGGACCCCAACUUUGAAAGUUACAGGUUAUCCCUUGACGCCAUACCAACGUACAAUGUUGAGCUGGAUGCUGCGGUGGAGGAAGUGAAGUUGAAGGAUACCCAGUACACCCUGGAACAUAUGCGUGCUUUUGGAAUGUACAAUUACCUCCACUUAGAUCCUUGGUAUGAAGACAGUGUUUUGUUUUUGGACUGCAAAGGAAGGGUGCUCAGUCUCACCGUCACCCUGGAUACUGCCCUGGGGAAGCCAAGAGAGGUUUACCGUAUAACCUCUGACUCCAGCCAGUGUGAGGAUCGUAUUUGUGCUUCCCUCAGCCUCACCUCAGCGACCUGGGCGGCUCUCUCUGACGGUGCUGGCCAACUGUACCUUCUCCGCACUGGCAAGAGGGGAGACAGCUCCAAUAUGAAGUGGGAACCACUGUUCAGUGAAGACAUGGGGGAGCCUUUUACCAUCCUCCACAGCAUCUCACAUGUCCAGAAUGGAGUCCAUACCAUGGAGCUCCUGCUGCUCCGCAUCCUUAAAGACCCGCAGGAAACCAAAGGAAGUGGAUACUCAGUGUCUCUUGAGUGGAUCACAGUUGCCAACACAGCAGGACAUGGUCAGGAGAAGAAGUAUGAGGUGAAGAAGAGGAGGGUCCUCAGAGGGAAGUCAGUGCCUCACUAUGCAGCAGUGGAGCCGCAGGGGAAGGGCCUGAUGGUGGCCGCGGAAAAACCAUUUGCCUUCACACAUGUGGACGGUCAGCCUGUGGAGCUGCCUGACCCAGAGUCUAUGGAGGUGGACAAGACAGAUCCCAUUUACUUCUGGCAGCAGACAGCAGAGGACAUCACAGUGUGUGUGCGCAUGCUCGAGGGAGUCACCAAAGAGGACGUGCAGUUCAGGCUGACGGCAGACAACAUCAGGAUUGGAGUUCAGGGUUUCCCUCCUUUACUGGAGGGCCAGCUGUACGCAUCUGUAGACCCUGAGGCAAGCGCCUGGAUCAUCAAAAAUGACAAAAGCCUGGAGGUGACCCUGCAGAAACGUAGUGAGGGACCAAUGUGGUCGGAGUUGGUGAUGGGGGACAAGAGAGGGGAGUACAUGAUGAGUGAUGAGCAGGCUGCCCUCAUCCAUGAGAGACUGACAUUCCUCACCUCUGAAGACUUGAAUGGAAACCCUGACAGAGACAAGCCCCCUUGUAACUCUCAGGAGCUGGAGGACUGUGAUGGGUUCCCAGAAGACAGCUCCAGCCUCACACACUUUGAUGGAGAAUCACUUAAGCCCACUCAGGUGGUGAAUCUCGGCAGCCAUCAGUACCUGUUCACAGUCAAUGUGAACCCGUCUGAAAUGCCAUGUUUCUGCCUCAGACACGAUGUGGACGCUCUGGUGUGGCAGCCUCGUCCCAACCAACCCAGUAACAUGUGGGAGCACAUUGCUACAUUCAACGCAUUGGGCUACGUCCAGGCAUCCAAACGGGAUAAAAAGUUUGCGACCUGUGCUCCAAACUUCUCCUAUGCUUCACUGUGCGAGUGUCUUCGCAGAGCGUUCAUCUAUCGACAGCCGACACCGGUGGAGACCGUCCUCUUCAACAGGAAGCAGGGGCGUCAGGUGGGACAGGUUGCCAAGCAACAGGUGGCCAGCCUGGACUCUGAUAAACCAAUCCUGGGCUUCAGAGCAACCAAUGAGAGACUUUACAUCUUGACCUCCAGUAACCUCUUUGUUCUAAAGGUCAAUAAUAAUUAGAUUUGGGACUCUUUGGUAUUUUUAUCCUAUUUCCCCCUCAGAGCGCCAUCAUUCCAAACUGAGGAUCUGUCAAAAACAUCCUCAUGUGUAAACUUGUGCUUCAUGUGUCUGUACUGAAUUCUGUUGUUCAGUCCUCCUUGUGUUUCAACUCCCACGUCUUUUGUGUUGUGAAGUGUCAAAAAGUAAGGAACCAUGCUCUGAAAGACAAAUUAUAAUAAUAAACAUUCUCUAGAGCUGAA